UCUUCGUUAAAACCCAUCAAUUUCUCCCUGCUUUGUGCUCCUGGUCAUUACAGGUGGGACUGCGGAAGAGCCAUGCCAGCCAUACAGGAGAAGGUCCCUGCUUCAUAGGGAGGAAGAGACCAUUAACACAGAAGCACUCCCAGAACAAGUGCCUCCAAAAUGUCCUGGAGGAAAUGGAGCUCAUGCGGAGCUCCAGGGAUGGGCAGAUUGAAGAAGCCAUCAGGUUCAGUCAGGAGCUGGAGAAGGAGCUGAAGAGCUCUCAGGAAGCUCUGGUCAGCCUGGAAGAUUGCAACCGUAACCUGAAGAGGGAGCAGGCAGAGAUGAGGAGGAAGUUGGAAGAGGCCAGACACGCUGUCCUCAACAGUCUUGGCAAAGUGAAGGAGCUGGAAGCGAGAGCUAAGGAGGUGCCACAUCUGCAAAUACACAUCCAGCAGCUGGAAUCACAACUGCAGCACUACAGGUCGGAACUGGAGCGAUGCCAGCUGGCCCAGCAGAGCAGCCCCCAGAAGCAGCAUCAGGAGCAGCAGAGCAGCCCUGAGCAGCAGCAGAAGCAUCAGGAGCAGCAUCAGGAGCAGGAGGCAGCAGCCGUGCCCAGGGGCACCUGCAGAGUGUCCAUGGCACCACCGGGCACCACCGACCACGAGGAGCAGCUCUGUCGCUCUGUGGAGGGCCAGGCCGCCUCAGACGAAGAGGAGGAGGAGGAGCAGUGGCCAGGGCACCGCGCUCCCCAGCUGGGCCACAGGAGGAGGAUCCUGGCCAAGCUCCCUUGCUGUGGCAGUGGAUGUGAUGAAAAGAUGUGGAGAAAGCUGCUGUCCUACCUGGAGACCAGCAGCACUGAGGGGAAGGACCCUGUGGAGCUCCUGGGGACAAUCUCCCCCCUCACAGAGCAGCCAGAACUCAAGGGCCACCAAGAGAGAAAACUGGAAACAAGCAUGGAAGAGAUGAAGGGCCCAUGGGUCGGGGAGCUGCAGCAGAAGGUGGAGGAGACAGAAGUGCUGAAGAUGGAGCUGCAGAUGCUGGAGACAGAGAGGGUUCGGCUGUCCCUGGUGGAAGAGAAGCUCCUGGAUGUUCUGCAGCUUCUCCAACAGCUCCGAGGCUUGAACAUAUCGAAGCGAGCCCUGGGGAAAAUCCUGCUGAGCACUUUGGAAUCCUGUUGUGACCCCCAGCCUGGCAAAGCCCAGCUGUUGGAAGUGCUGGACACCCUUCAGCAGGAGCUGGCAGCCUGUGAACUCUUGCACAAGCAGCCCUUGGAGCAGGCACAGAGCCCACGGUCCCUGUCCAACCCCCUGGUGAUCUCCUGCUGAGCCCAGGCAGCCCCAGGACAGCUGGAAGGAGGAAGGAGGGACAUUUGUCCAGCUCAGCCAUGCCUGGACUGGCCAGGAGCAAGCAGUGACCCAAGGGAGGAGCAGCAGCCCUGGGUGGGCACAGCUCUGCCUUACCUGGGCUGCAGAGCCCAGCCCUGGGAUGCCCCUGGCACUGGACUGGCACCAAACUGUGCCCACCACAUCCCUGGCUAUGCAGGGACUGGACUGGCACCAAACUGUGCCCAUCACCCUCACCUGACCCACACUGAUUUACAGCUCUGCAAAACUGGGACUGGACUGGUACCAGACUGUGCCCACCACCCUCACCUGACCCACAUGGAUUUACAGCCCUGGCUAUGCAGGGGCUGGGCACAGUUUUCAGCCUUUGUGGAAGCCCCAGUCCAAAGCCAAGACUGUGUUACCCCUGGAUUUGUUAUCCCUUCCCCUACAGGUGACAAACUGAAUGAUAAACACACCCAGGAGUGUGUGCCAGCAGUACAGGCUUUAAGGGCUCUGUGUUUCUCACUCAAUUAUUCACCUUAUUUAACUCUGAAGCUAGAUUUUUUUAUUACUCUGAUGAAUCUUAUAUUUGCAAUUAUAGAGAUGCCUUAGGAAUAUGCAGCAGCCUUUCCUGACAACAGUCAGAUUUUACAUAAGAAGUUAAAUUUAAGUGCUUGAAAAAGGUCCAGAGCAAUCUUGUUCCCAGGCUCUCAGGGAAAGGAAGGGCUGUAAAAUUCACUUUGCUGUCAUUCUGUGUUAGCAAACAACUCGUGCAGUGCACAAGUGAGUUCUAAAUUUUAAUUUCCCUCAGUGCAGCUGCAGAGACACAAAAUCAGGCCCCACGUGGAGGCCAAUUAAUGUAAAGAGCUGGGUCUAAUCAUGGUGCUAUGGAAUGUUUAAAUCAGCAGUAAAAUAAUUCCUGGGGCAAAAGUAAAAAAAAAAUAGAUUUCUUCCAAGGUGUUUUGCUGUGUCAUUUACCUGCCAAACAGGGGCAGAGUUCCUAAAAGAGCCAGCUGAAUUUAUGUUGCUGGAAAGAUGCACUGUGGAUCUUUGAAGAAUGUGAUUUGCCUGAGAUGAAAUAAGAUCAUUCAACUGUAUGUGUAUUAAUUUUUCCCAGGAAAAAGGUUUUCAUACAGGAAUAAGGUCCACAAUGCAAGCUGGGGAAUAAAAUUUCCAUUCCUUUCCACAUUGUGUGGCUCACACACACCUCCACUGAAAAUUGCGGCACCUUUGAGCCACAUUGGGAACAAAAAUUUGUAUUAUUUUAAUUUCAUUUUAAAGGGGGGAACAAAAGGUGUUAUGCAAACAAUGAAACAAACUCUGUUCAAUCGUGUUUUACCUCAUUGGGGUUUUUUUGUAUUUUGGGGUUUUUUUGUGGUUUAGCAGAGGAAGAUUGUAAGAAUAGAUAUAUAUUGUUAAGUUACAUUUUUCUUAAAGAUACAUUAGACAGGACAUAUAUACAUAGAAUAAUAUUCACCCUCUAAGAAAGAAAACUAUCUCCUAAUGCUAAAUAUAUUACUAACAAAAUACCAGAGCAUAAUAUACUGUUAGUGAGUAUAUACUGAGGGACAUGCUAGGAUUAUAUCCUACAGAAACAGCCUCUAGCUGUUCCACAGGCAAAAGUUUAAAUGAGCAGAAAUCAGAUCCCUGCUUGGCUUCAUUUGCUAAAACUCCCAAGUAUCAGCUUUUGUUGUGUGCAGCUCUCUGACUUUCCCAGGAAUAUGGCAGAGGUGUAAAGAGGGGAAAUGCCAGGAAAUGAGGAAAUAAACCUGGUCUGUGUGUUCAGGAGCAGGAUUCUAAUGCAGGCACACACCUGGCUCUGGAUCCUCAUUUACUGCAGAGUUCUUGCAGCAUUUGGGUUUGUCACCAUCUGGACCCUUUCUCCUGUUCCCAUGUCCCCAAACCUGGCAGUCUAUUUCUCACACACUCACUUUUAGUUUAUUAAUUUUCUCUUAAACCUGCAUACUGGCCCUUAAAGGAAGCUUGGGUAUUUUCUCUCCUGACCUCCACCAUGAAGUUUUUGGGUUUUUUCCACAAAUGGUUUGACUUCAUCCUCAAUGUCCCUUUCCCUCCCAAUGCCCUCCUCACUUCCCAUUGCCAAAUUUCUCCCUGGGGUAACCUCUAAGGGCUUCACACUUCUAGCACAAAUGGCAUUUUUCAAGGAGAGUUUCCUCCUCCCAUGAUUUUUUCAUUUAUAGGAGGCAUUAACUAUUAGCAAAUUAAAGGUCACCUAAUCUUUAAAGUUGUUUGAUAAUUGUCCCAUUUAUUUUUGAAGCUGUCUCUAGAGUGUUUGGCAGUGAGGACUCAUCCCAGAUGUUGCUCUGAGUCACAGAAUUUCUGCAGUAGAUCAGAGUGGCCUUGUCCAGCCAGAGCUGCUCCAAGGGAUUCAGUGCAUCUGUGCUCACUUUGGGAGGAAAAAACCCUGCAGUUCAAACUCCUCCCUUCCAUGAUGCUGUCCUUCAUCUGUACAUGGGGAUGGGAGGAGCUGGGACUAGGAGGAAAGGAGCACUUUUAACAUAAAAAUGGAAUAAAAUGGAAUUGCUCGGUGUGAGAGUGACACUAAACCUUUACAGGGUGCAUGUGACAUGUGGCAUUACCAGCCACAGGGCCUCUCUCAGAUUUAUAAUUUCAUGGAGUUUAAGACACAAUCCUUUGGUAUUUACACAGUCUUAUUUUCUUAAUAAUUUUAUGUAUAAUUUCCCGAAGUACAAAAGCUAUACAGUGUGUUUCCUAGUGUGAAAUUAAAUUAAAAUCAUCCUUAUGUCCUUAA